UUCCAUUUCUACUCCCCAAAAAAAUAAUCCUCUUUUUCUCCCAUUUCACUAAAACUACACAAAAAAUGCUAAUUGGAGGAAAAAUUCGAGUGAUGAAUAGAGCAGAUUGGAUUAAGAAUUUGCUCAACAUCAAGUUUUUUGAAUCGUGUGGAUAUCACAGAGAAUUAAGAAGAAAUGAGAAGAACAUGUUUUGUAUUGAUUGUAAUCUCUGUUUCUGCAAGCAUUGUGUAUCUUCUUCUUCGCACUGCUUUCAUGAAUGGCUUCAAAUCUGCAAAUAUGUUUAUCAUGACGUUGUUAGACUCCAUGAGAUUCAGAAACAUAUAAAUUGUUCUGAAAUUCAGACUUAUAAAAUUAAUGGUGAAAAAGCUAUACAUUUAAAUCCACGUCCUCAAUCUAAAGAUAACAAAACUUCAAAGUUAAAGGGAAGUGUAAUGUGUGAAUCUUGUGGGAGACACCUUCAAGAUUUGCCAAAUCGAUUUUGCUCCAUUGCUUGCAAAGUAUCUAUAGAUGCAAAUAUUUGCAAAGAACGUCAGAAGAACUACAUCUCCAAUCAAAUUACGAAAUUCGAUCACUCAAAUGAAAACGAAUCUUGUAUCUCUUUGAAUGAGUCAUCGGAGGUAAUUCAAACAUGGUUCAUUUCAACUUUGAAACCAAAGAAGAAUUUGCACAAAAGGAAAGGCGUUCCUAGAAGAGCUCCUAUAUGUUAAAUAUCGGUCUAAUAAAAGUCACAAACUACAUCCUUACUAGUA